AUGUGUUACAAUGCUCUUGAUCGUCACAUAGAAGAUGGACGAGGAGAUCAAACUGCUGUUAUACAUGACAGUCCAGUUACUGACACCAAGCACAAUAUUACAUACAAAGAAGUGUAUGAACAGGUAUCCAGGCUAGCUGGCGUAUUGACAAAGUAUGGUAUCAAGAAAGGAGACAGAGUUGUCAUAUAUAUGCCGAUGAUACCACAGGCAAUGUAUACAAUGCUGGCAUGUGCAAGAAUUGGAGCUAUACACAGCUUAAUAUUUGGAGGAUUUGCACCAAAGGAGUUAUCAGUGCGUAUUGACCACGCAAAGCCCAAGUUAAUUGUGACAGCAUCCUUUGGCAUCGAACCUGGUAGGAAAGUGGAGUACAUUCCGCUUGUGGAGAGAGCGCUGGAACUGACACAGCACAAACCAGAGAAACUUCUUAUUUAUAGCAGACCCAAAAUGGAACAGGUUAGUCUUACUCCUGGACGAGAUAUUGACUGGGCAGAAGAGAUUGCAAAAGCUCACCCUCAUGAUUGCAUUCCUGUCGAAUCUGGUCACCCACUGUAUGUGCUUUAUACGUCAGGCACAACAGGUGUUCCAAAGGGUGUAGUAAGAUGCACAGCUGGGUAUGCCGUCAUGUUAAACUGGACAAUGUCAGCCAUCUAUGGACUGAAGCCUGGUGAGGUAUGGUGGGCUGCUUCUGAUUUAGGCUGGGUUGUUGGACAUUCAUAUAUAUGCUAUGGACCACUACUGCAUGGAAACACAUCAGUAUUGUAUGAGGGAAAGCCAGUUGGAACACCAGAUGCUUCUGCAUAUUUCCGUGUGCUAUCAGAUCAUGGAGUAGCAGCCAUGUUUACUGCACCAACUGCAAUUAGAGCCAUACGUCAGCAAGAUCCAGAGGCAUCCUUGGGGAAGAAGUAUUCUUUAACCAAGUUCCGUACAUUGUUUGUUGCUGGAGAGCGCUGUGAUGUGGAAACGUUGGAGUGGGCCAAAAGUGUCUUCAAAGUACCAGUGCUGGAUCAUUGGUGGCAAACAGAAACUGGAUCUUCCAUCACAGCAACGUGUAUAGGACUUGGGAAUUCACUGACACCUCCUGCAGGACAAGCAGGGAAGCCUGUUCCAGGAUAUAAUGUUAAAAUAUUGAAUAGCCAAAUGCAAGAACUCAAGCCAAACACGCUGGGAAAUAUUGUUGCAAAAUUACCUUUGCCUCCUGGGGCUUUUUCCACACUUUGGGAAAAUGAAGAAAUGUUUAGAAAUCUCUACUUCACAAAAUUUCCAGGGUAUUAUGACACAAUGGAUGCAGGAUAUAUGGAUGACGAUGGCUAUGUAUAUGUCAUGUCCCGGGUCGAUGAUGUCAUAAAUGUAGCAGGUCAUAGGCUCUCUGCGGGAGCAAUAGAAGAGUCUGUGUUAAUGCACAAAUCUGUGGCAGACUGUGCCGUGGUAGGCUUGGAGGAUACCUUGAAAGGACAUGUUCCACUGGCACUUUGUGUGCUGCAAAAUGGAGUGGACACUACAGAAGAGAGACUGGCAGAUGAAAUAGUGUUACAAGUCCGAGAACAUAUUGGGCCUGUAGCAGCUUUCAGGAAAGUGAUUGUUGUAAAGCAGCUACCUAAAACACGUUCUGGCAAGAUCCCUCGCGCCACAUUGGCUUCGCUUGUAAAUGGCAAACCAUACAAGGUAAACAGUUGGGAAAUUUGUGCAAUUAAUUAUGUAAUUGUUAAGUAA